CUCGGCAGCUGGUCACACAGACCGCCAAAAUGUCGUUGACUUCGCAAUUUGUUGCGAAUUUAAAACGCUUUCGCCUGGUGACCUUCGACGUAACGGACACACUGCUCCACCUGCAGGAUCCCCUCCAGCAAUACCACCAAACUGCUGAGCAGCUCGGGGUCACCGGAGUGGAUCGCCGUAAGUUGGAGCAAUGUUUUCGCCAACAAUUCAAGGCGAUGAGCCAGGAACAUCCGAACUUUGGACGCUUCUCGCCGGCAAUGGACUGGCAACAGUGGUGGCUUCACUUGGUGAACCGAACCUUUUGCUGUGUGGACCAGGGAUUGCCGCCUGAGAAGCUCGAGAGGAUUGGCCACCGGCUGGUUGCCCUUUUCCGAACAAGUGCCUGCUGGAGCAACGUAGAUGGCGCCCAGGAAUUGGUGCAGUGCGUCCGAGAUGCCGGCAAAAGUGUGGGGAUCAUCUCCAACUUUGAUCCUUCCCUGCCGAAAGUGCUCGAUUCGAUGGGAUUUGCUGGGAAAUUCGAUUUCAUUCUCACCUCCUACGAAGCGGGUGUUAUGAAACCAGACCCUGGAAUAUUUGAAAUCCCCUUGAAGAGAUUACAGAUCCCAGCGAACCAGGCCCUUCACAUUGGCAACAAGUUUAAUUUGGAUUACGAGGGAGCCAGAAAUUGCGGCUGGAGCGGAUUGCUGGUAGAUGGUGGUAGCACUCCCCACUCGUUUGCCACUUUAUUCGAUCUUCUGGAGGCCCUGAAAACCCGGGAGAUCCAAUGGUGAACCCCCCACUCAGAUACAGACAGAUCUUUGACUUAGCUCAUGGCUGUAGAUAUUUAUGUAGAUUUCUUUAUGGUUAAGAAACAUAACGGGAUUGUAUCAAUAAUUGAUAAAACUAGUGUUAUAAAACGUGCGUUGGCUUAGUCACAAUUCUACAAUUCUCUUGUGGGACAUUCGAAUGGAGGCCAUGGACGAACACAAACAAACUAAAGAAAAUAUAAUAUAUAUCCGAUCUGAACCCAGACAUAACUAGAUGAUGGGCAUAUCGAAUUCGGCACUUUUCUGAAGACUCAUUAAACUUAAUACUAAUCGAGUUUGUCAAAUUGUUAAGCGUAUCGAAAUUAUCCUGCUUAACCUAAGCUAAAUUGAAAUGUAAAUUGGCAAAAGUUGAAGACUAACACAAGUAUUUAAAGGCUAAGAUAUGUAAAUAGUAAUAACCAAAGAAUGUGAACUUUAUAAUUAUUGUAAGCGUUUACAGAAUGAUUAAGAGUUUCCUUAUUCAAAAUGUAUUUGAAUAAAAGGUAUUUUCAUAUUUGAAAAUUCUGAAAAUUCUCAACA